UUACCAAAAGAAAAAACGCUCAAGACUGACGCCAUUCGCGUAGCAGCCAAAACAGGAAGAAAACAUCCAGCUGCUCAUUAGCUAGCUAAGCGAGAUAAGCAGGGAGACCUUAGCAGCCUGUGUAGCAUUGACACAGUAAGAAAACGGCCUUGGGAGUCGAGAAUACACUGGUGUAUUACCAUGAUGUGUCCGGAGUAGUGACUGUAUCGACAGACACUCAGGGAAUAUAAUUCUCCUCGACUUUCUCUGGGUCCGAGUGUUAAAACAAGGUGUGAAUGAGUGACGUGGUGCCUCCCACAGCUCUCAGUGAAGUCCAGCUCCGCUUCCUCUGCCACGAUGACAUAGACAAUGUCAAGCUGCUCUGUGGUGAUUGGUUCCCAAUCGAGUACCCAGAGUCAUGGUAUCAGGACAUCACCUCCAACAAGAAGUUCUUCUCCCUCGCUGCCACCUUCAGAGGAGGCAUCGUGGGAAUGAUUGUGGCCGAGAUCAAAGGCCGGACCAAAGUACACAAAGAGGAUGGAGACAUCCUGGCCUCCAGUUUCCCUAUGGACACACAGGUAGCCUACAUCCUCAGCCUGGGAGUGGUCAAAGACUUCAGGAAACAUGGCAUAGGCUCCUUACUGCUGGACAGUUUGAAGGAGCACAUUUCAACGACAGCCCAGGACCAUUGUAAGGCCAUCUACCUACACGUCCUCACCACCAACAACACUGCCAUCCACUUCUACGAGAACAGGGACUUCAGUCAGCACCACUACCUUCCCUACUACUACUCCAUACGAGGUGUCCUUAAAGAUGGAUUCACAUAUGUGCUCUACAUUAAUGGGGGUCAUCCACCCUGGACGAUAUUUGACUAUAUUCAGCACAUUGGUUCGACCCUGGCCAGCCUGAGCCCGUGCUCCCUCCCUCAGAGGCUGUACCGGCAGGCCCAGUCCCUGCUGCGCUCUCUGCUGCCCUGGUCCAACAUCGCCUCCAAGACCGGCAUACAGUACAGCAGAACAAUGUGACACACAACAUGGAGCGCGAUCGUUUCUCGUCAGUCCUCCCCUGUACACACCAAGAUGUACAAGCACACUCACAUUCUUCGAUCUCGUACAGCUGUUCACACACUAGAAAAUGAAUCCCGAUACAACACACAUCUGUAACUGUUCACACAGGAUCUGAGUUUGCAGCUGUAGUCCUGGGCCCCAAAGGGAAACAGGGUUGUUGCAUUGCAACGUCACCAAAAGUGCAAUAUUGGAUUAUUUUCUGGAGAAAAAAAAAAAUCUGGAUUUCUUUUAAUUACUUUGUUACUAUACUAUCCUGUGUAUAUACUACACUACCCCAUAGUUCCAACAGUAACCUGUGUUUACCCAGUCAUACCAAAGCAGAGCAGUGUCAGACACACUUUCAACCCAGGCAGCAGAGCAAAGCCAAGGACCUAGUUCAUAUGUUCACCCAGACACAAAGACGGCAAACACAGGUCAUAGUUUGGGUGUAAAAAGGGUGACACACACACACACACACACACACA